UAGCUUGCGCAGAGCUUCCUUCCGUAUGUGGGAACAGCAAACGAGCAUGGUUUUAGGAUUUUGGUUUGUUUAUUUAGGUAACAACUGUUACAAUGUCAGAUUCGUCGCAAACAGAAGAUUUUCUGGACCGUGUGGACCGUCUACAGGAGCUGACAGAGUUUACUGAAAAGUGCAACAAGCAGUUAAACGAAAUUUUUGAAACGUUAGGAUGGUCGCGAGACCACAGCAAGGAUUCCAGUCAGGAGCCGAUGGUGCAGUGUCCCUACGACCCAGCCCACAAAGUCCCAGUCAGCACCAUGGAGAAGCACAAAGCCUCAUGUAAGCUCCGGAAAAUGGGAUACUCAGCCGAGGAGCAGGCACAGAUGCACGAUCCCUCUGUGUGUUAUGAAAACAGCAGUGUCAGAAGCUUUUUAAUGGACAAAUCAACUCAGCACCAGGUGAUCAUUCAGGCAAGAUCUGCAGCUCCACUGAUGAGGAUGGAAGGAGUCUUCUGGCAAGGUCAGUUCUCUGGCCAGCCUGUCGAUGUGCCUCAGAACCACAAGCGAGCUGUGUGCGACCUCACUGUCGCCGACCGAUUGGCUCUUUAUGAUCACGUGACUGGCGUUCUGAACCAACAGAAAGAAACGGCCUCCUCCAAUGAGGAUCUCUACGUAGAUCUGGUGUCCAAACUUCGAAAAGGUGAAAAACAAAAUGAGCCAAAGAGUCAUCUGGAGCGGAUGGCUGAGAUGAGGGACUAUAAGAGGCGGCGUCAGUCCUACAGAGCCAAGAACGUUCACAUCACCAAGAAGUCUUACACAGAGGUGAUCAGAGAUGUGAUCAGUGUUCAUUCAGAGGAACUUGCCCGACAGUGGAAAGAAGACGACGACGAUGAAAAGGAGUCCUCGAGAUCUGAUCACUCUUCACACAGUCGCUGGACGGACAGAAGACAGUCGGGUUCCUCUGAGUCUCACCGCUCGCACCACAAGCGUCAUCGCAGUCGGGAACGAAGCCACGACAGAGAGGACAAAAAGAAGAGUAAAAAGAGGGAGAGAGAUUCCCGUUCCCCCGAUGACUACCACCAUGACCGAAAGAAAAAGAAGAAGAAGAAGGAUGACAAGGAGAGGGAGAAGAAUGAUUGAUGGCUUGUCAACAACAGUCAGAAUAAUUGGGUUCAAUGAUUACCAUGAAGUUUAAUGACUGGUGUCAUGGUAGCACAAAUGAUAGCUGUGUGUUUUAUUUUACUUUAAUAAAU